GAAAGAUGCACUGAUUAUCUGUGGAGUUGACAUUUCACCCAAAAUAUUUCUGUCAUAGACUUUAAAUAGAAUUUUAUUCUCCGUGUGGAUUGUGAGUUGGUUUAAAGUCAGAACUGGGCCUUUCCAUCAAGCCAGAGAAGUGAGUCAGAUGGAGGUAGAUAAGCCAGUGCAUUUGCCGAGGUUGUCCCGGGUCGCAGUGUGUGGUGGUACCCAUGGCAACGAGUUGUCUGGAAUCUAUUUGGUGAGAGAGCUACUAAAGGUCAAGAGAAAAGUGACGAAGAAGACUCAAGAAGAGGAUGAAAAGCCCUCAGUGCUGAUGGUGCUCUCAAACCCAAGGGCCAUACAGCAGUGCCGCAGAUACAUGGACACAGACCUGAACCGCUGCUUCACUCAUGCCACCCUCGAUGGUUCAUUAUCAGAUGCGGCCCCUUACGAGUUCAUCCGUUCCCAGGAACUGAACUCCAUGCUGGGUCCCAAAGGUACUAAGGAAGCAGUGGAUCUUAUUUGUGACCUUCACAACACAACCGCCAACAUGGGCCUAUGCUUCAUUGGAUACUCUGACAGCGACUGGAUCUGUCUUCACAUAUUUCAACACCUGCAGAGACAAAUGCCAGACACACCAAUGAGAUUCAUUCAUUUUGACGUCUCCAAUAAAGAAUCAUAUUCCCUUGACUCAGUAGGAAAACAUGGCUUCGCCAUGGAGAUCGGCCCUCAGCCCCAUGGGGUGGUGAGGUCAAACACCUACACAGCAAUGAAAGUGGGAGUCCAGCAUGUGCUGGAUUGGGUCCACUUCUUUAACUCAGGGACUGUAUUUGAAGGAGGAUUUGUGGAUGUGUUCACCAUGGUUAAAAACAUUGACUACCCAAGAGACAGCGAGACUCAUUACAUCACAGCAGCCAUUCAUCCUCAUCUUCAGGACCGAGACUUUUGCCUGCUCCACCCACAAGACCCCCUGUUCCAGACAUUCUCAGGGGAAACUCUGAGGUACAAAGGCAGCGAACCUCUUUACCCUUUCUUUAUCAAUGAAUGUGCCUACUAUGAGAAGGGCAUUGCGCUCUCCCUGGCCCGAAAGAAGCGCGUGAUGAUUCCUGCAAUCCGAGUGCAGACGGCUGACGAGAAACAAGCCACUGAGCAAAGCUUUGCAUCAGAGGAAGAGGAGUGA